CAAAUCCUUUACCUCACGCGCUCUGAAUUCAGCGUCUCUCCCAAUCCCUUCGAGCAACGCUUUCCCCAUCAAGUCGAUGCCCGCCGCAAGACCCCCGCAGAGUAAGCCAGCGUACCCCAAUCCCGCACCGUAUCAUGCUCAGAAGCGGCGUGACCGGCGGAUGUUGUUGGGCCGCACCAACUUGCCCGCACCCAUCGAUGCGGCCAUGUUUCCGCACAUCCUUGAUCGGAUAAUCUGCCUAGCCCCGCAUGCCUCUCUCCUCGCACUGCGAGGCGUGAGCCGCGCCCUCCGCGAGCGCGUCGACGCCCAACUGGCGGAGCACCUCGUCCUCCGCUCGCCGAAGUCGCACCGCUACGACGGAGUGUAUAUCCACACGCGCGGCCAGCCCUCUCGUCCGCAUGCGCCUGUCGGCACCGACAUUGCGCUCCCCGGCUUCGCGUUCUACCCCGGUAACGUACGGCAUACCUACUCUGCCGCUGUGGAGGAGCGUGAAAGCCGGCACCUGCGGACGCGCCGAGGCCCGCGCUCACUUGCGGCGCGGCUUCUCUGUGCAGCCGAGGGCGCCGCGGAAGAAGCGGGCCGGAGUGCACACGCAGCUGGGGCAGUCGAGUGGUGCCAUGCGGCUCUCGUGCACACCCACACGCUCGACCUGGUCGGAUUCAGGAUCGAAAACGCCCUGUGGCUGGUCGAUAUGCAGAAACACAUGCCCAACCUCAAGGUCGUGCGAGUCGCACGCAGCGUCGGCUUUCACCUCACCGGCCUGUCAGUGCCGGACUCACAGCACCUCAUCCUGUCUGUUGAUACCUGGGACUCUCAAAAGCACCUACCCGUCCACGUGACUAACUCUAUCCACACGGCAACGAUAUUCGUCAAUGUGCACGCAGGCCGCUACUACCACUGUCCCGAGCCUGCCGUUAAUUCCAUCCACUUUCGCCGUGGGCAAGACACCACCGUCGUAUUUCGAGCCAUACGUGCGGAUCAGACGCCAUACGACCCUGGGGAAGUCUGCAGUGUCCUGAGCUGGAGACAUGGACUCGUAGGCAUGGGCGAUGGUGGGCGAGUCACGUUUGUCAACGUAUCGGAAGAAACACAUCGGGCACUUGGGAUCGUCCCAUCUGAUGAGGAUGUCCCCGAUAAAUAUCAUUCGGCAUUCAUGCGCAUGCUCGAGACCAGCCAAGCCGGUAGACUACAACGUUCCUCGGUCGAUGUUGCUGAUAUCGUGCGAAGCUGUGUGCGCUUGCUAGGCAUGGAUGAGUGGAUGGCUGAGGCUUCAGAGCAUGACCGAGAGGCUUGCCUGAGUUUUUGGUAGCUUCAAACAGCAGCAGCAGAAUGAGGGAAUGCAAUUGAAUACGGUCUCCAU